CGUUGCUGGGACACCAGGUCCAGAAAAUUUGACCCCAUCCAGAUUCUGGACGAGGCUCAAGAUGGUGUCAGCAGUCUGAAGGUGUCUGAACACGAGCUGCUCACUGGGUCAGUGGAUGGGAGAGUGAGACGGUAUGACCUGCGGAUGGGCCAGCUGCAUGUGGACUUCAUCAACAGCCCCAUCACGUGUGUGUGUUUCAGUGCGGACGCCCAGUGCACUCUGACCUCCAGCCUGGACUCCACCGUGCGUCUACUGGACAAGAGCACAGGGGAGAUGCUGGGAGAGUACACAGGACACAAGAUGAAGGGCUACAAGCUGGACUGCUGUCUGUCCAGUAAGGAUACUCACGUCCUGAGCUGCUCUGAGGACGGACACGUGUACUGCUGGGACCUGGUAGAGGGUUAUCUGACGCUGAAGCUGCCAGUCGGGAAGGCUGUCGUCCAAUCGCUGUCUUUCCAUCCCUCGGAGACCCGCCUCCUCACAGCCAUGGAGGGGCGUGUCCAGGUGUGGGGGGAGGAGCCAGAGGAAACUGAGGAGGACGUGGUGGUUGUUAAACAGGAAAAAGCAUAGUCAUCAUUAGAUGGACAUAACAGAAAGGACAAGAGUCAUGAUAUCGUCAGAACUGAUGAGUUCCCUACUGUACAUGAACUGUCUGUUCUGGACUCAGGGUCAGGGAUGGGAUUUUGGUUGAGGGAAAUGGUUGUGUGGUUGAAAAGGGACGUGCCGUUGCUUCCAUGGCUAAAAUAUGGAAUAAAUCAAUGAAAGUACUGCUGAUGUCCCAGCAUUAUCAAUGUUUUUUUUUAUAUUCAUUGUAAAUAUUUUGUAAAUGAUGAGUUUUGAAUAAACCCUUCUUGUUGUCCAAAUGAA